CCCCCCCCUCACAGUCAAGAUGUUCGCUGCUCGUCAGUCCUUCAACCUUUUCCAGAAGCGUAGCUUCUCCGCUUCUUCCAGCCAGCUUUCCAAGGUUGCCGUCCUCGGUGCCGCUGGUGGUAUUGGCCAGCCUCUCUCCCUCCUCCUCAAGCUCAACCCCCGUGUCACUGAGCUUGCUCUCUACGAUAUCCGCGGUGGACCUGGUGUCGCCGCUGAUCUGAGCCACAUCAACACCAACAGCACCGUCACUGGCUACGAGCCCACUGCCUCCGGCCUCCGUGAUGCCCUCAAGGGCUCCGAGGUCGUCCUCAUCCCUGCCGGUGUUCCCCGCAAGCCCGGCAUGACCCGCGACGACCUCUUCAACACCAACGCCUCCAUCGUCCGCGACCUUGCCAAGGCUGCUGCCGAGGCUUCCCCCGAGGCUAACAUCCUCGUUAUCUCCAACCCCGUCAACUCCACCGUCCCCAUCGUUGCCGAGGUCUUCAAGUCCAAGGGUGUCUACAACCCCAAGCGUCUCUUCGGUGUCACCACCCUUGAUGUUGUCCGUGCCUCCCGCUUCAUCUCCCAGGUCAAGAAGACCGACCCCGCUGGCGAGGCCGUCCCCGUUGUCGGUGGUCACUCCGGUGUGACCAUCGUCCCCCUCCUCUCCCAGUCCAACCACCCCGAGAUCGAGGGUACCACCCGCGAUGAGCUCGUCAACCGCAUCCAGUUCGGUGGUGACGAGGUCGUCAAGGCCAAGGACGGUGCCGGUUCCGCCACCCUCUCCAUGGCCAUGGCCGGUGCUCGCUUCGCCGAGUCCCUCCUCCGUGCCUCCCAGGGCGAGAAGGGCAUCGUUGAGCCCACUUUCGUCGACUCCCCUCUCUACAAGGACCAGGGUGUUGACUACUUCGCCUCCCUCGUCGAGCUCGGCCCCAACGGUGUUGAGAAGAUCAACCCCGUCGGCCCCGUCAACGAGUACGAGCAGAAGCUCGUCGAGACCGCCCUCGGUGACCUCAAGAAGAACAUCCAGAAGGGUAAGUCCUUUGUCCGGUCAACCUAGUCGUUUCACCCAGGUGCUAACUGAGUAUUUUCUAGGCCGUGACUUCGUUAAGGCUAACCCUUAAAUGAUCUAAUUUUCUCAUCUGGAAUGAUAUGAACCAAAAACCUCUUUUCUGCAGCCACGUUCCUCCUUGUAUAACAGUCUA